AUGUCUUCACUGGUUUCAAUUUCGAAAAAGUUGUCGGGUCAACGACAACAUCGAGAAAGAGCUCAACCGGAAGGAAGAAGAAAAUUUGGAGAAUUGGAAAAGAAAAAAGAUUAUAAAUUGCGAGCUGCUGAUUAUCAGCACAAAAGAGAUACGAUCAAAAAGUUGAAGAAACAUGCGCAAGACAAAAAUCAGGAUGAAUAUCAUCAUCAUAUGGUUAACAGUGAGACUAGAGUGAGUUUGAGUUUGAGAUAUUCUAAUAAGAAAAAAAUCAUUUUACAGUCUGAUGGUCGUCAUUUUGACAAACUCACCGAAGAACAGGAAGAAACUACAAAAGUUCAGAAGAAAUUGGGAAGUUUGAAAGAUUUGGAAUAUGUCAAAUUUAAAUUGAAUGAGGAAAAAGAAGAAGAUUGAUGAAAUGAAAGGAGAAUUGCAUUUUGCUGAUAGUUCGUGUAUUCCAAAACAAGCUAACAAGCAUACGAUUUUUGUGGAUGAUGAACAUGAAGGUUCGGUUUUUUAAUAAAUUUUGAAAAAAGGCAUCCUUUGGAAUUUGAAAAUAAAAAGUUAAUUUUUGAAAUUAAAUUUCAAAGUAAAUGUCUCGUUUUUUCAGACAAAUUUUUCAUGUCAAAAAUUAAAAAAAACACCUCAAAAAUCUGGGAUAAUUUUCAAUCGCAAGACUCUGAACAAUGUUUUCUUCCUCGAAAAAUAAAAUUUUUAUGUUACGAAUUCAAAAUUUCAACUUCAACUCCAACCUCUAAUAAUUUCCUUUUCAGCCAAAUCGUUCAAUCCUGCAAAAUAUUUCGACACAACAACAUCGAUGUUAUCCCGAAAAUAUAAUCGCCUCAAAACUGAAGAUUUACAAGAGAAAACAAUUGUUGGAGCGGAAACGAAAGAGCGAGUCAAGGUAAGGCAUCAUUUCACCCGUUUUCAAUAGAAUUCCGAUUUUUUAGAAAGCCGAUAGAAUUCGACGAACUCGUUACAACGAAUUGUUGAAAAGAAUGAAUCGAGCAAAAGAACUCGAAGUUGUUGUGAAUAAAUUGGAAUUGAAAAAGAAUCUUGCGGCAUCUGCAAAAUCGGAAUUGAGACCGAAAAAAGUGAAAAGAGGAAAAGCAAUGAAAGCAGCGGUUUAUAAAUGGACAUAUGAAAGAAAGAAAUAA